AUGGCGAACCUGCCAACGACGAAGAGCAUCCCGGGCAAGGAGACGCCCGGCCUGCGGUACCCCUCCAACGGCAAGACAAUCUACCACCGGCCCCUGAACCGCACAAAGACGGCCGAGCUGAGCCAGUCCAGCUUCGCCUACCUCUUUAGCGAGAUGGUCUCGUACGCCCAGCGCAACGUAAAGGAUAUUUCCGAGCUCGAACAACGAUUAAACAUCCAAGGCCACUCAAUAGGCCUCAAACUCCUCGACCUCCUCCUCUUCCGCGAACCUCCGCGGACCCAGACCCGGCCCCUCACAAUCAUCACCCUCCUCCACUUCAUCAAGCAGUCCUGCUGGCAGCACCUCUUUGGCCGACAAGCCGACCGCCUCGAAAAAUCCGCCGACCCGGCCAAGCCAGACGAGUACAUGAUUAUCGACAACGAGCCCCUCGUCAACGCCUACAUCUCCGUACCGCGCGAAAUGUCCCAGCUCAACUGCGCCGCCUACGUCGCGGGUAUCGUCGAGGGGAUUUGUGAUGGUGCGGGUUUCCCCGCGCGGGUGAGUGCACAUAAUAUUGCCGCGAAAGAUGAGCACGAGAUGUGGCCUGGCAAGACGGUGUUUUUGGUAAAGUUUAGGCCUGAAGUGUUGGAGAGGGAGGGCUAUCUUGGGAAGAGCUGA